UUCAUCCAUUAAUAGCCUGUGUUUUGUUUCUUUAACGGCAAUGUUCGGUGCAUUGCAUCGUAUUACAUGCCGCGAUUGACAUAAAAUUUUUUUUAUACUCAUUAUUUUUACAAUACGUUUUUCGUUCACUUUGAUCAUCAGCCAAUAAGCAUAUUGUCGUGUCAAUGUAACAUUGCAAUAGCAAGCUCAUACACAAAUGACGUUUUCACGGACGAUAAAAACUCGUCAGGUUAUAAUCCAGCAUAAAACUUUAUCUAGAGUCCAAGAUAAAAGUAUAAGCAGCCGUAUAGAAGCGUGUAAAAUUGUCACAGACCAUCACAGGUGAUCAAUGGCGCUUCCAAGUGGUCAAAACUUUGCUACUUGCUACGUACAAUUAUGCAAACAACAACGUGUACGACCUCUUCCAGUGAUCUGUGUCACUCUGCCUCACAGCUUGGACUUUACGACAGAUCGAGUGAAAAUGGAUGACUGGGGUCCAAUAUUGAACUCAUUAUCACUAGAUCGGAGUCUAAAAUCCGUGAGUGUAAGAAGUAGAUGGUAUCUUCAAGGUCAAAAAUCUUUUGAAGAUUGUAAUAAUACUGAAAAUAAGAGGAGAGCAGUGAGUAAGACUUCUCCAGUUACAUUGACACGUUAUUUAUUAGAGUGGUUGAGUCAAAGUAUUGCACAAUGUGUCCGAAAUUCACCAACAUUAACGUAUCUAGAGCUUGAAGGUGUACCUUUGCCUACAGAUUGUCUAGCGGCUUUGUGUGUUGGUCUAGCCAGUACAGAGACUCUCCAACAUCUAUCAUUAAGACGCUGCUAUAUUGGAGACAAUAAUUGUGCUCUAAUCUGUCGUACUGUUGCUGAUGUGCACAGUAUAAGAUCAUUGAACCUUAGCCAAUGUAAUCUAAGUGCAAACUGUGGUUUAGCUUUGGCAUCAACACUCUGUCGACAAAAACUUUUACUCUAUCAUGACGCUUGGAAGGAUUCUUUGAGAUACAGAGAACCCAAUCCUGAAGCAAUGCCUGGUUUAAGACGACUGACGCUAAAUGGAAACCCCCAUCUGGGUGAUUCAGCAGUUGCUCAAGUUAUUGAUGCUAUUCAAGAUAGUUUAUGGUUAAAAGCAUUAGACCUUCAGAAUUGUGGACUGACAGACGCUAUUGGAAAUAAAAUUAUUGAAUUAUUGGAUAACAAUAAAACUUUGGAAGUGCUUGAUGUUCGAUUAAAUUUAAAUCUAAACAAUGACAUGGUGCAAGAGAUUUUUGAAAGAUUAGCUACAAACAAUGGUGGUUGUAAUUUAAAAUAUAGACCUCUAAGUUUACCUCAGAAGAAUAAUAAAGCUGUAAAGGAAUUAAAACGCACUAAUGAUGUUAAUAAAAAUAAGAUGCUAAGAUCUAAAAGCAUGAUUAUUACAAAAACUGAACGACCUUAUCAUCUAAAUGGAUUUUCUCAUAAUAUGCGACCUUCUUAUCCUUCGUUGAUUGAUGAGAAAAGAAGAAAAACUAGGUUACUGACUUCUUAUUCUGUACACAAAGCUAAAAAUAAAAUAGCGGAGAAGAAUCCAAGAAAAGUAUCCCUUCAUUUAGAUCUUCAAGCGCAAAUGCAAUCAAUAGGUGACUCGUGGAAAAAUACUGACCAAAUUCACCAAGAUCAGUUGAGUAAUAAUCACAAAAGAGUGUGCAAUAAACCACAAGAAAAUGAAAGAGAAGUGGAAGGGGCCAAAAGUCAUUAUAAGUUUCAGGAUCUUUUGAAACAAUUAUCGGACGUCAAAAUGGAAAAGAACAAGUUAUUAAAGAAUACACAGAAGAUACAAGUAGAGUUAGAAGAAGAACGAACUCGACGACAAACUAUUGAAACAAAACUUUGGACGAUGAAAAAAGACUUGGCAGAUUUAGAAAAUGCGUUCAAAGCUAAGGAAAUGGAAACUCGUGGAUUUCUUCGUACUAGUCAACAGUCGUUUGAUAACAUUUCAGCAUCAUUUGAAAAGCUAUCAGAAAUUAUCAACAAUUGUGCAAGUAAUCCUAAAGUAGAUCUAAACGAAGAAGAAGAAAAGGCUGAAGAAGAGACUGAUAAAUCAUUCUCCCUUUCAGAGGAUGAAAAUGAAACUAAGGUAGAAGAUAAGGUAGAAAAAGAAGUCAUAAAAGUAGCUGGAGAUGAUGAAAAAGAAGCUAUGAAAACUAACGUUAGACGAAAAGUUGACUUCUUUAUAAGAAAAAGUAAAUCAGAAAAAUUAUACCGAGACUUUCUUCAAGUGGUAAAGUCAUCAAAAAAAUUAUCACAAUCUGAAAAUGACAUGCGAGCUUAUGAUUACUUGUUAAAAUUUGGAUCUUUGACUGUUCAAAAAAUUGGAGAUCGUCCAGAUUCUGUGUCGUCUUCAUCAAAUUCAAGUUACAGAAGAUAUGAGAAUGUAAAACCAUUGUAUUCACCAUGUGAAAGAGCUCGUGCUAUUUUUUCCGAGAUCGUUAAUAGUGAUAUAGCACUAAAUCUAGGCAGCUCUCACGGUACUUAACCAUCACGUCUUCAGAGAUUGGAUCGAAGUAUAAAUGCCAAAUGUCGUGCACCAAACUAGAAUAAUAAAUUAAUAAUAAAGACAGAGAUGAAUAAUGUAUUGUUAGAGAUUAACAGUGAAUGUAAUGAUUCUGAA